AUAGCGCCGAGAAGGCGGAGGAAGGUGAGGAAGAAGGCGGUGGUGAAAUUGGAGAGGAGGCUGCUCAAGUACGAGGAGCUGCCGGAGUAUUUAAAGGAUAACGAAUUUAUAACGGAUCAUUACAGAUGCGAGUGGCCUUUGAAAGAUGUAAUUCGCAGCGUCUUCACCUUGCACAACGAGACGCUCAAUAUCUGGACGCAUUUGAUCGGAUUCGUGAUAUUUUUCGGAUUGACGGUUAUCAGCUUGACGGACAAGACGACGUUCAAAAAUGUGUUGGCCGCUUUUUUCGGAGAGGAAAGCGACGGAUGGUUGUUCAAGUCGACGAUGAUGAUGAACCAAUCCAACGGCUCUAACGCUUUCUUUUCGGAUUCAUAUCUGAGACAUAUUGCAGAAUCACCAAUCUUGGGCAUGAAUAUAUACUCAAAGUCAGUCCCAGUAUGGCCUUGGUUGGUAUUCCUGGGCGGGGCAAUGACCUGCUUGAUCUUCAGCACAGUGUCGCACCUCUUCGCUUGCCACUCUCGGCGGUUCUACUUCUUCUUCUGGCGGUUGGACUACGUGGGCAUCUCCCUCAUGAUCGUCUGCUCCUUCUUCGCUCCCAUAUACUACGCCUUCUCCGACCAACCUCACUGGCGCUUCCUCUACCUCUCCUCCAUCACAUUAGUCGGCAUCCUGGUCAUCGUCACUCUGCUGGCCCCUUCCCUCUCUAGCGGCCGUUUCAGGUCCUUCAGAGCUGCUCUGUUCCUCUGCAUGGGAUUCUCAGGCGUCAUUCCGGCCACCCACGCCGUCGUCCUCCACUACGACCACCCCUUGAUUUUGGGAUCCCUUUGUUAUGAGAUUGUGAUGGGGCUUCUGUACGCUGUUGGGGCGGUGUUUUAUGUGACUAGGAUCCCUGAGAGAUGGAGGCCCGGUGCAUUUGACAUUGUGGGCCACAGCCAUCAGAUUUUCCACGUGCUCGUCGUUGCCGCCGCAUUGGCUCACAGCGCUGCCACGCUCAUUAUCAUGGAAUGGCGACGGGGUUUUACUGCCCCGGCUUAAUAGGUUGUGAUGAUUUUAUUCGAAUGAGUUCCUCUAGUUUUGUUUCUGUUCUGCUUCUGCUUGUGAUGAUGAUGAUAUCAUAUAUAUAUAUAGAUGGAGUAUGUAUUUGUAUCUGCUUGAACUUGUGAAGCUCGCUAUAUUAAGGAAAUUGGAUCCUCAUACAAAAUUAUUUUCUUGAUUAA